AUGGAGCACCUGCUGUUUGACGGCCUGGGGGCGAUGUUUUUUGACGUCGCAGAGGCGGCGCCGACGCCGCCGCACCAGCAGCAGCAGCUACCGCCGGAGCAGCUUCAAGCGGGCAGCGAGGCCUCGUCAGCAUCGCCAGCUCAGCCCGCCCGCACACCGCCCGCCGAUGCGACGACCGCCACCGCCGGCAUCGCCGCCGCCGCGGCGGCGCAUAGCGGCGCCACGGCCGUGGGCGGCGUGGGCGCGGGCGGCGGCAGCUUCGCGGCGGCGCCCGCGUCGCUCGAGAGCGUGGGGGCGCGGCUGGCGGCGGCGGCGGGGCUGGGGCACCAAUACAUCAUGGACCGGCUGAGCGGCGGCGGCGGCGGCAGCGGCAGUGGGGCGGUGGAGCCGGGAGCUGCGGGCGUCGCAGCCGCGUCGACAGCCUCGGCGAGCCCUCCAGGGGGUGUGGGCGAUGCGGGGGUUGCAGAGGCGGAAAGCGCGGCGGCCUGGAGUGAGCAUGAGUCAAAUGUGGCUGAAUCUGUUUCGGCUGCAGAAGGUCACGGUGGCCCUCAGACAGGGACAGGCGCAGGCAGCGAGGCCGCUGUGGCGUCCGCCACGGCUGUUGGGGCGGCAGUGCUGAUGGCCGCGGCGGCAGAGGGGCACGGGUCCUCACAACCUGCCCAGGCGGCGGCGCUGCCAAAGCCGCACCCCCACCUUGUGCGGCGCCGCCCCACGCGGCCGCCCGCCGCGGACGCGGCGCGUUUGAGGGAGGAGGGCAGGUCUGGAGCCGCCCCUGCGCCCCGGUCGCACGCGCUGGCCGACUGCCCGGAUGAGAUAGACGAGAGCGAGCGCGACCUGCAGCUGCAGCGGCGGGCGACGCUCGACCUCAUGCACUCGCUGCUGCCCUCCGCAUCGGCAGCCGGGCAAACGGCGGGGUCACGCAACGGCGCGACUGCUGCGGCGGCGCCCGCGCCGGCGGCAGCGGCGGCGGCGGCGGCCUCUUCUUGGUUUGAGAACUUUGGCUUCUUCUCCGGCGGCGGCACUGACAUCAGCGGUGACGUCAGCGGCGACGCCGUCGUGCGCGCGGGAGCGACCGCGCAGCCGUCUCCGGUGCACCACCUGCCCAGCUCCCCCGGACCUGCGUCCGCAGCUGCGCCGCCGCCGCAGCGCGGGCCGUUUGGCGGCCUGCUCAAGCUGCCGAGCGGCGUCGUGCGCGGCGCGCUCGCACCGCUCGACCCAGCGUGGUGGGCGGGGCCCGCGGGGCCCGCGCAGCCGGCGCCGCCGCGGGCGCCGAGGAAGCCGCUGGGGCUUGUGCUGGCUGAGUUCGCUCUGCCGAAGGAGGUGCUGCAGGCGGCAGACGUGAUCCAGAGCGUUUGCGAACUCCCCAGGAGAAGAAACCCCGCCGCCCUCUAA